UCCACCCGUCGAAGUAGGUUGUGGUUAUCGACGUUCUCAGCGUGCUUUCAAACCAAGCUAGGUCAUCAUGGCAAGUCUCGCCUUGCGGAUCAACAUCGUUGAUCAGAACAACGUCAAAACGAUGCAGUUCGAGCCGAAUAUGAUCGUGUACGACGCGUGCAAGAUGAUUCGUGAGCGAAUCGGCGAGAAUCCGUCGCAAGGUCAAGAUUAUGGCCUCUAUCUGGCUGACGAAGAUCCUAAGAAAGGAACGUGGCUGGAAAACGGACGUACUCUAGAGUACUACCUACUCAAACCAGGAGAUCUGUUAGAGUACAAGAAGAAGAUGCGGCCGUUGAGAGUGAAAAUGAUGGACGGUGCACUGAAGACUGUACUGAUUGACGACAGUCACAAUGUUGAUCAAUUGGUGAAGGCUGUUUGCAAUCGAAUUGGCAUCAUGAACGACGAAGAGUUCUCUCUUGUUGUUGAAGAAGAAGAGACACCAGUUGUGGCAGCUGCUGCAAAAAAGUCUCAACCUACAGCCGUUCGAGACCAGAAGAAGAUGGAGGCGCUAAAGAAGAAGUUACACACGGAUGAUGACCUUCACUGGUUGAGUCAUGACAAGACACUUCGAUCACAAGGAAUACCGGAGAACCAAGUGCUAUUGUUGAGAAAGAAAUUCUUCUUCUCUGAUCAAAACAUCAGCACAGACGACCCUCGUCAGCUCAAUCUCAUUUACGUCCAAUCUCACGACGCCAUUGUAGAUGGAACUCAUCCGUGUACAUUGGAGGAAAGCAUUCAGUUCGCCGCUCUCAACUGUCAGAUCGUUUUCGGCAACUACGAUGCCGUGAAACACAAGCCGGGCUACAUCAGUGAAGACCUGAAAAACUAUCUUCCUAAAGAAUACACGAAAGUGAAGGGAAUUGAAAGGAGAAUAUUCCAAGAACAUGCCAAAUUCACAGGCAUGUCGCAGCUGAACGCCAAGUAUCGUUACAUUCAACUCUGCCGAUCGCUGAAAACAUACGGAGUUACAUUCUUUCUUGUCAAGGAAAAGAUGAAGGGCAAGAAUCGUCUUGUUCCUCGUCUCCUUGGUAUCACACGUGAGAGCAUCAUGCGAGUCGACGAGCGAACGAAGGAGGUGCUGAAGACUUGGCCACUGACAACCGUGAGGAGAUGGGCCGCGUCGCCAAACAGUUUCACUCUCGACUUUGGAGAUUACUCGGAGUCGUAUUACUCGGUGCAGACAGCAGAAGGCGAGCAGAUCUCACAACUGAUUGCCGGCUACAUCGACAUCAUUCUGAAGAAGAAACGAGCAUCAGACAGGAGGGUACCCGAAGUUGAAGAUGAGUCUGCACUGACGGAAGACACGGUUAUGCCAGCAAAAGCUACAACUGUAGAGUUUGUCACGUCAUCGACUGCAUCAGGAGAAGAAGGCAAGAUGUCUCAGCCAGGAGUGAUGAGAACGGUUCCCGGUCAAGCGCAGUUUGUUCCUGUAUCUGCUCUCGACAAUCAGUCUGGGCAGAUGAGAGGACAAGCACAGAAUGUUCAGUCAACAGGAUUUAGUCCUGCUCAACAAGCACUGCAGGCCAGUAUUGCGAAGUCACUAGUUGCUACAGACUCGGCCAUGAAUGAACUGGAUUCUCCGACUCAACUUCCACCACUUGGAAGUGACCCGCAGUCUCUCCAGUGGAAGCAGAACACUCUGGAUGUCUCCAAACAGAACGUCACCUCACAACUGGCCGCCAUGUCGGCAGCUGCUGCAGGCAUGGUUGGACUGACUGGAGCUGAUCCGUCGGAGAUUGACUACACAGCUGUGGGAACGUCAGUUGCUACACUUACGUCGAAUUUGACUGAGUUAGCUAAAGGUGUUCGUAUGAUUGCUGCUCUACAAGGCAGUGGACACGAUGGAGACAAGCUUCUAUCAGCAGCUCGUGGUUUAGCUGGUGCCGUCAGGAAUCUCCUGAAGUCGGCACAACCAAGUGAAGCACAAAACCGGAAACAGAUUCUGGACGCAGCUGGUGACAUUGGUGUGGCUGGUGGAAAUUUGCUGCUGAUGAUGGGAGAUCCUGAAGUGUCACGCCAAGUGCAAGAUACUUUGUUGGCGAAGGCAAAAGCCGUCGCUACGGCGACAUCAGGACUUGUGCAGAAUGCAAAGAAUGUGGCUGGAAAGUGUCCGGAUAGUACAUUACAGGCGAGUGUCAUCACGGCUACAAAAGGAACGGCUACAGCAACAUCUCAACUUGUUGGCAUCACAAAGAUCGUUGCCCCAACAAUCAGCAGCCCAUUAUGUCAGGAGCAGCUCAUCAACUCUGCUAAGCAUGUCGCUGGAGCUGUAGAGGGAACAGUUAGUGCAGCACAGAAUGCUUGCUCUGAUGAGGGAGCUCUCAAGGAGCUCGGUGGUUCGGCGACGAGUGUCACUCAGGCGCUUCAUGAUCUUUUGACUUACAUUCGUGAUAUCGAAGUUGGUGGACAGAAACCUGGAAAAUACGAGGAACAAGUCGAAGUUAUUCUUGCUGCUACCGAGAGACUGUUUGCUAGCAUUGGUAAUCCUCAAGAACUCGUCAAGCAAGCAAAGAUCAUUGCCCAGGCGACAUCUCAGAUGGUUGGUGGAAUCAAGGAAGAGGCAGGAGGACUGUCAGACCAGGACGCAAGAGCACGACUUCUACUAGCCGCUAAGGGCUUGGCUGAUGCUACAGGAAGAAUGGUAGAAGCAGCCAAGGGUGCUGCUCGAGAUCCAAACAACACAGAAGCUCAAGAAGCUCUUCGUAAAGCAGCAGAAGACCUUCGCAAUGCAACGAACGCUGCAGCAAACGACGCACUGAAGAAGAAACUCAUUAAGAAACUCGAAGUUGCAGCCAAGCAGACGGCAGCGUCUGCCACCCAGUGCAUUGCUGCAGCACAAGGAGCCACGCCCACAAACAGAAAUCAGUCGAGUCAACAGCAAUUGCUCACCAAUUGUAAGACGGUCGCAGAUCAUAUUGGGAAACUUGUGCAGGCUGUACGGCUCAGCAUGGCAUCACCAGAGAGUGCCAGCUCUCAACUUGGUCUCAUCAAUGCGAGUCAGGCAAUGAUCCAGCCGUGUGGUAAGAUGAUUGCUGCUGCAAAGGCAGCCGUUCCGACUAUUGGAGAUCAGGCGGCUGCUAUCCAGCUGGCUAACUUUGCUAAGCAGACAGCAUCAUCUCUUGCGGAGCUGAGAGCGGCUGCUUCGAAGGCUGCUGAAGCAUGUGGCUCUCUGGAGAUUGACAGUGCGAUCGACGUUGUCAAGCAGAUCGCGCAAGAACUGGCAGAAGUACAGAAGGCAGCAUCAGCUAAGAAGCUGCUUCCUCUUCCAGGAGAAACAGCCGAGACGUGUGCACUCGAACUUGGCGCAACAUCGAAAACAGUCGGAGCCUCAAUGGCCCAACUACUAACCGCCGCCGCACAAGGCAAUGAGAACUACACAGGAGUGGCAGCAAGAGACACAGCAAACGCCCUCAAAGUGCUCGCUGGUUCCGUCCGGGGCGUCGCCGCUUGCACUCCCGAUCGAGCGGCUCAGGAUCAGAUCAUUACUGCCGCUCGUUCAGUGAUGGAACAUUCUGGGAAUUUGAUUCGUGAGGCUAAGCAUGCUGUUGCUCGUCCGACGAACGCUGACAAUCAGCCGAGACUCGCACAGGCUGCAAAGGCCGUCUCAAUGGCGUUGAAUCAGGUGAUCAACUGUUUGCCGGGUGCAAGGGAUGUGGAUGCGGCGAUUAAGGAGAUUGCUGCUGCGAGUCAGGCUUUGGCUACGGGCAACUUCCCUUCAGCUGGUUCUCAGUCAUACCAAGAAAUACAGAACAGUCUGAGUGUUGCUGCCGCAUCACUCAACGUAACAGCCAGUGAACUAAUGGUUUCAUCCCGUGGCACUCACAUGCAGCUGGCAUCGUCGUCCCAGAAACUCAGCGAGAAAUUCAAAGACGUUCUACAAGCAGGAAUGAUGCUCGCUGGAGCGUCACCGGACAAGGCAUCACGUGACGAAGUCGUCGGUUAUCUUCGUUCCGUCUCCAUGGCAUCAAGCAAACUUCUCAUGUCAGCUAAGGCUCUGUCUGCCGACCCAAAUGCUCCCAACGUGAAGAACCAACUUGCUGCUGCUGCUCGUGGAGUGACUGAUGCCAUCAAUGCAUUGAUUAAUGUGUGUACAGCGACUGCUCCUGGUCAGAAGGAGUGUGAUAGUGCAUUGAGGAAGAUCGAAGCCGUGAAGGCGAUGUUGGAGAGUCCGAAUGAGGCGGUUAACGAUGCGACGUUCUUUGAAUGCUUGGAGGCUGUUAUGGAUAAGUCAAAGGUUCUUGGUGAGGCUAUGGGUGACAUCACUCGGCAAGCGAAAGCUGAGAAACACGAUCUAUUUGGAGAAGCUGUCGGAACAGCUGCGAAUGCAGUGUGUGCUCUGACUGAGAGUGCCGCCCAAGCGGCUUUCCUUGUUGGUGUGUCCGACCCGUCUAGUACAGCUCCUGUAGUAGGUCUGCUUGACCAGAGUCAGUUUGCUAGGGCACAACAAGCAAUUCAACAGGCUUGUGAGAACUUGCUCAGUCCUGCCAGUUCACAGCAGCAAGUACUUGGAGCUGCAACUGUCAUUGCGAAGCACACAUCCGCACUCUGCUCAGCCACCAAGAACGCAUCAGCAAAGACAAAAAAUCCUGUAGCAAAACGCAAGUUCGUUCAAUGCGCAAAAGACGUCGCCAACUCAACAGCCAACUUGGUUAAGAACAUUAAAGCUCUCGCCGGAUCUCUCAACGAUCGCAACAGACAAGAAUGUGCCUCCAACACAAAGCCCCUCCUUGAGGCAGUCGACGAUCUCGUCAAGUUUGCAUCAGCUCCGGAAUUCGUAUCAACAAGAGCAGAGAUCAGUCCCGAGGCUCGUGUGUCUCAAGCACCGAUUAUCUCAGCCGGCCAGCAGAUGGUCAACUCCAGCUCAUGUCUCAUCUCAGCAGCAAAGAGUCUCGCUGUGAAUCCAAAGGAUGCUCCAACGUGGCAAUUGCUGGCAAGUCAGAGUAAGGCUGUGUCUGAUGCGAUCAAGAAACUGAUGCAGGCGAUCAAGGAUAAGUCGCCGGGGCAACGAGAGUGCGAUAAGGCAAUUGAUACGAUUAAUCGUGCGAUCAAUGAGGUUGAUCAGGCGUCACUGGCGGCGAUCAGUCAGAAGUUGCCGGGGAGAGCGGAGUCGACGUUGGGUGGAUUUCAGGAACAGAUGGCGAAUAGUGUUAGUGAGAUCAGCGAUCGUAUUGAUUCUGUGGCGACUGCUGCUAAGGGAGAGCCAGAAAAACUUGGUCACGCUGUUGCAUCUCUUGCCACAUUUUUCCCGCCUCUUGCUUCAUCGGCUGUUGGAGCAGCUUCUAAGACAGUAAACAGCGAUCAGCAAAUGAACUUAUUGGAUCAAACAAAGACACUAGCCGAAUCCGGCUUGCAGCUAAUGUAUGCGGCUAAAGAGAGUGGUGGCAAUCCAUUGGCAACUGAGACGCAUGCCAAUAUCAAUGAAGCUGUUGGUAACAUGAGAGAAGCUGUGAGUGACUUGGUGACAACACUAGAGACAGCAAGAACAGAGAGCGGUGUCGUUUCAGGACUGGUUCAGGUCAUCGGAAAGAAUAUAUCUAAGAUCGAUGAGCCCAUUGUUGGUGAAGUUGAUCGAACGUUUGUUGAGUAUCAAGAGAGUAUGAUGAAGUCGGCGAAGGUGGUUGCACAUAAGGCACAGGAUAUUGUUGGCAAAGGUGGCACUGCACCAAACGAACUCGGCAAUUUGGCGCGAGAGGUUACGACUGCGUACAGCGAACUGGCAACUAAUUGUCGAGGAGCUUUGGCUACGGCAGAUGAUGAUGAUAUUGCUCGACGAUUAAAAUCAGCCGUGCAGCAGCUGGGAGACUCGCUCACCGAUCUCGUUCAGUCCGCCGGCAAUGUACAGAACAAUCCAACCGACGGAUCAGCCAAACGAGAGCUAUCAGACAGUGCCAGACAGGUUGCCAGCAAGGUGACUUUCGUUCUGUCUGCUCUACAAGCUGGAGCUCAAGGCACGCAGGCAUGCAUCAAUGCUGUGUCGGCCAUUGAGGGCAUAAUUGGUGAUCUCGAGACAACGAUAAUGUUUGCCACUGCAAGCACUCUGAAUCCUGAUCGUGAAGGCGAUUCAUUUGCUGACCAUCGUGAGGACGUCCUUCGUACAGCCAAGACUCUUGUUGAAGACACGAAGAAACUCGUGAGCGGAGCUGCUUCUUCACAAGAGGAACUAGCAAAAGCAGCAGCAGACAGUGUCUCCACUAUUAGUCCUUUGUCUGAACACGUGAAACUGGGAGCUACAGCACUCACAUCUGAUGAUCCUGAGGCACAGGUGAUGCUGCUGAAUGGAGUGAAAGAUGUUGCAACGGCACUGGCUGGUUUGGUAACAGCUACUAAGAACGCGUCUGGUAAGAGUGUUCAAGAUCCUGCAAUGGAGAAUCUUCGUGGGUGUGCCAAGGUUAUGGUGGCUAAUGUGUCAUCACUGUUGAAGACUGUCAAGAGUGUUGAGGAUGAGGCAGCGAGAGGAGCUCGCGCACUCGAAUCAUCUAUUGAUGCUAUCAAUGUUCAGCUAGCGGAAUUGGACUCAAGCAACCCAGCAGUCAAACAAGCAUCACCCGAAGAUCUCAUCCGCAUCACAAAGGGCGUCACACUGGCAACCGCAAAAUCUGUUGCCGCCGGCAACUCAUGUCGUCAAGAUGACGUGACCGCGGCUGCCAAUUUGGGUCGACGAGCUGUGGAAGAAAUGCUGAUCACGUGCAAGGCUGCUGCUAAUACUGCAGAGACUGAAGAUGCCAAAGUCAGGUGUAUCACGGCUGGCAGAGAGUGCACUUUGUCUUUCCGGGCUCUUCUAGAGCUCGUGCACGCAAUUUUGUUGAAACCAACUCAUGACAAGAAGCAGAAGCUGACGAUGUACUCGAAGGAAGUUGCAGCUGGCGUUAGUGAAGUUGUUCAGUCGGCAGAAGUUCUCAAAGGCUCUGACUGGGUUGAUCCCACCGAUCCUAAUGUUAUUGCUGAGAAUGAACUUCUCAGUGCUGCGGCCGCCAUUGAAGCUGCUGCAAAGAAACUGGCGACUCUCAAACCGAGAGAAAAGUCGCACACGGCUGAUGAAUCACUCAACUUUGAUGAACAAAUCUUGGAAGCUGCUCGAGCGAUUGCGCAUGCUACUGGAGCUUUGGUGAAGUCGGCGACAGCUGCUCAGCGUGAAUUGGUUGCUCAGGGACGGCUGAGGCCUGGUAUUGCAGGCUCAGACGACAGUCAGUGGGCAGAAGGUCUUGUAUCUGCGGCUCGUCUGGUUGCUGCUGCCACUCAGAGUUUAUGUGAAGCUGCCAAUGCUGCAGUGCAGGGUAACGCCAGUGAGGAGAAGCUGAUUGCGUCGGCGAAGGCUGUGGCUAAUUCGACUGCCCAGCUGCUUGUGGCGUGUCGAGUAAAGGCUGAUGCUGGCAGUGAGAACUCGAGACGUUUGCAUGCCGCCGGUUUUGCCGUCAAGAAAGCAUCCGAAAGUCUCGUCGCUGCAGCCAAGAAAGCGAGCGAAGCCGAAGGAGACGAAGAACUUACAAUCAAUGAGCGUAUGGUCGGCGGCAUUCGUCAAGAGAUCGAAGCCCAAGAGGCGAUCCUGAAGAAACAACGAGAGCUGGAGGAGGCAAAGAAGCAGCUGUCGAGAAUCCGGAAGGCCAAGUACGGUCGCGCAGUGAGUCCGACUUGAAUGACACACGACAUCACAUUUAGUGGUUGCCUAGCGAUAUUAGCGUUGACACACUGUUGUUAGUCAGUCGUAACUGGAUUUGUGGAGUGAGAGUUUUGUUAUUAUGCUUAUUUCGUUGCUAUUGUUGGGUGUUCGUGUCGCUUUUUUUCAACAAGGAAUUUGUAGGAUG